AUGCAGAUCUUUGGGUUGACACUUACAGGGAAGACCAUUCCUCUUGAAGUUGAGAGCUACGAUACCAUAGACAAUGUCAAAGCCCUUAUUAAGGACAAGGAAGGGAUACCACCUGAGCAGCAGAGUCUUAUCUUUUCUGGGAAGAAACUUGAGGAUGGUAGGACGCUGGCAGACUAUGACAUCCAGAAAGAAUCCACUCUGCAUUUGAUUCUGCGUUUAAGGGGUGGCAUGCAGAUAUUUGUGAAAACCCUUACUGGCAAGACUGUCACCCUUGAGGUGGAGAGCUCGGACAUUAUUGAUAUUGUCAAGACUAAGAUACAGGAUAAGGAGGGGAUUCCGCCUGACCAGCAGAGGCUUAUAUUUGCUGGAAAGCAGUUGGAAGAUGGUAGGACUUUGGCCGAUUACAACAUCCAGAAGGAAUCUACUUUGCACCUUGUUCUUCGAUUAAGGGGUGGGAUGCAAAUAUUUGUUAAGACGCUGACCGGAAAGACUAUCACUCUUGAGGUGGAGGGUUCGGAUACCAUAGACAAUGUCAAGGCAAAGAUUCAAGACAAAGAGGGAAUUCGACCAGACCAGCAGAGGCUUAUAUUUGCUGGAAAGCAGUUGGAAGAUGGUAGGACUUUGGCUGAUUAUAACAUUCAGAAGGAAUCUACUUUGCACCUUGUUCUUCGAUUGCGGGGUGGGAUGCAAAUAUUUGUCAAGACUUUGACUGGAAAGACUAUCACUCUGGAGGUGGAGGGUUCGGUUACCAUAGACAAUGUCAAGGCAAAGAUUCAAGACAAGGAAGGGAUCCCACCUGACCAACAAUGGCUUAUUUUUGCAGGAAAGCAGCUUGAGGAUGGCAGGACUUUGGCAGAUUAUAACAUUCAGAAGGAAUCUACUUUGCAUCUUGUUCUUCGAUGCAAAUAUUUGUCAAGACUUUGA